AAUAAAUUACAUUUGGGGGCAGAAAGAAGUCCACGGCUUGGCCUCACUCGCGUUCUCGCUCGCAGUCAGCCUGCGGUGGCGGCAAGGAAAAGUCCUCUUCAGGAAGUUCUCCUCAAGUUUGCAUCUGAACGAACCUGAGGAAAGGAGCUAGGAAAGGAGCUAGGAAAGGAGCCAAAAGACCUCCCGCUGAGGAACGCGUGAAGAUGGACGCGAGUCUCGCUUUCUGAGAGGACUUCGUUCUGCUCGGAGGACCUCGGGUCUCGCCUUGUGGAGAUAAACCCACGAAUGUUUAGGACAAGGAGCUGCAAUGAAGACAGCUGCCGAAGGUUUGGGGAAGUCUGCGAUGGACGGCCGGUGGACGAGGAGGGCGGUGCUCGUGUUCUACGUGGUCCUGGAGCUCGUGGCGGUCUAUUCAGCCGUGGUCCGAGGCACCCUGGAUCUGCAGCUGGAUGAGGAGCAGCCGGCGGGGACCAUCAUCGGCGACAUCAGCGCGGGGCUGCCUCCUGGUGUCACGGCGUCGCUCUACUUCAUCUCCGACCACGAGGGAACCGGCGUGAGCACCGACUUGGACAUCGACGAGAGCACGGGGAUUAUUAAGACCGCCAAGGUUCUGGACCGCGAACUGAGGGACAGAUACAACUUCAUUGCGGUCACCAUGACAGGCGUGACCGUGGAAGUGACCGUCAAGGUGAACGACAUCAACGACCACGGUCCGACGUUUCCAAAAAGGCGAGCCGCUUUUAGAAUUCCCGAGCAGACGGCCAUCGGGACCAGGUUUCCCCUAGACCCGGCAGUGGAUGGAGAUAGAGGUCACUUCACCACACAGGGCUACCUCAUUAAAGAUGGAAACAUUGGUCAGGCGUUUACCUUGGAGACCCGGAGGGGAAGCAAUGAAGUUCUUUAUCUGGACUUGGUGGUCAACGCCAUUCUGGACCGAGAGAAAAGAUCCACCUAUACGCUGUCACUGGAGGCCUUUGAUGGGGGCUCUCCCCAAAGAACCGAUCAGAUGAUACUUGAAGUUACUGUCCAGGAUAUAAACGACAACGCUCCUGUGUUCAACCAGAGCCGCUAUCACGCCAUCAUCUCAGAGAACCUGCAACCAGGGAAUAACAUCCUGCAGGUGUUCGCCACAGACGCCGACGAAGGAGACAACGGCGUGGUGACGUACGAGAUCAACCGAAGACAAAGCGACCCGGACCGUUAUUUUGUCAUCGAACCCCACACUGGCGUCAUCACCCUAAAUAAAGACUUGGAUUUCGAGAUGCGGCGAGUCCACGAGCUGGUGGUCCAAGCCCAAGAUAACGCGACGCACCCGGAGGUGACCAACGCAUUUGUGACCAUUCACGUCAGAGACUACAACGACAACCAGCCCACCAUGACUAUCAUCUUCCUCAGCGAGGAUGGGUCUCCCCAGAUCUCAGAGGGCGCUCAGCCAGGGCAGUACGUGGCUCGGAUUUCCGUCACAGACCCAGACUACGGCGAAUACGCCAAUGUCAACGUGUCGCUAGAAGGUGGAGAUGGCAAAUUUGGUCUGACAACCAAAGACAAUAUUAUCUACCUGGUCUGCGUGGAUCAGAUCCUGGAUCGGGAGGAGAGAGACAUAUACGAGCUGAGGGUCAUGGCCACAGACUCGGGAACGCCUCCUCUCCGGGCAGAGUCCUCCUUCACCAUCCAGGUGACCGACGUCAACGACAACCCGCCGCUGUUCGACCAGCAAGUAUACCGGCAGGUCAUACCGGAAGUGGUGUUUCCGGGGAGUUUUGUGCUCCAGGUGACAGCCAGAGACAAAGACCAGGGUCCCAACGGGGACGUUAGCUACCGCAUCCUUCGAGAUAAAGGCGCCUUCGCCGACUGGUUCAGCAUAGACGCGAUCACGGGGAUUGUCACCACUCUGUCCCAGCUGGAUUACGAGAAGAACCCCAAUCCCAGUAUAACCGUGCUGGCCACAGACGGAGGGAAACCCCCGCUGUCAUCCACCGCCGUGGUCCACGUCGUACUGCAGGAUAUAAACGACAACGAGCCAGUUUUUGACGCCAACUUCUACAACGUCUCCAUCAACGAGGACACGGCCGCGGGGACAUGCAUCCUGGAGGUGACGGCGACGGACGCAGACGGCGGCUCUUUCGGCUCCAUCAGCUACUCCCUGGGCUCGGGCCUCAACAGCGCUGUUAGCUCUCGGUUCACCAUCGACAAGGAGACCGGAGUCGUCUGCACCCGUGCCGCGCUGGAUCGAGACCUGGGCCAGAGCAGCUACGACUUCACGGUCACUGCGGUGGACGGGGGCGGACUGAGCACACUGGCCUACGUGAAGGUAGACCUGAUGGACGUUAACGAUAAUAGACCCGCCUUUUACCCGCUGAGCUACGCUGUCAGUCUGAGCUCCCAAAGCGCUCCCGGGACUUCUGUGGUCCGAGUCACAGCCCAAGACCCGGACUCGGGGGAAAAUGGCAGGAUUACCUACCAAACCGUACAUGGGGGCUCCUCUCCCUACUUCACUCUCAACAAAGACACAGGUGUGAUCUCUCUUUCCCGGCCCGUCCACGGCAAGGCCAACACGGUCAUACCGAUGGUGAUCUCAGCCCAGGACGGCGGAGGUCUGGUUGCCCUGGUCCAUGCCAAGGUCAACAUCAGCGUGGUGGCAGGUCUGGUGGCGGCCCCUGCCUUCGAACAAGCGCAGUACUACUUCACAGUUUCCGAGGACGUAUUGCAGGGCACGGUCGUGGGUACCGUUCGGGCCAAAAGUAAGACAGGCUCUUCGAGAGAUAUUGCCUACACCAUCAGCUCCGGGGACCCCACAGGGUACUUCACAGUGGAUCCCGACACCGGUGUCCUGCGCUCCAGUCUGUCCUUGGAUCACGAAACCCAGUCGUCUCUAGACUUGGAAGUGCAAGUCCGCACCGGUAACCCCCCAGCCUUUGGUCAGACUCGCGUGCGCAUCACCAUCGAGGACGUCAAUGACAACCCGCCUGUGUUUCUUCCCUCUUCCUCCGAGUCCCUGCUGCUUCCAGAGCAAACUGAAAUGGGAACUGUCGUGUGUCGCAUACAAGCUGAGGACAGGGACUCUGGAGCUAACGGCCAGCUCUCCUUUGACCUGUCCUCUCCGGUCGGUGUCCAGAGGACCUUUAGCAUAGAACGCAGCAGUGGGGAGGUACGACUGGUAGGGGUCCUCAAUUAUGAAAGUAUUCCCCGCUUUGAUCUCCAAGUGAUUGCCAAAGACAACGGAGUGCCUCAGCUGAGUGCUACAUUCAUGCUUGUGGUUCAUGUUCAAGCAGAGAACGACCAAGGGCCAAUGUUUGAUACCCUCAGCUACCGAGUGGAACUAAAAGAAGGCACUCCAAUAAAUACACGCUUUCUGCGGGUCCGGGCUUUGAACAGAGAAACAUCCGGCUCCGGUUACUUCAGCCCUCUUUCUUACCACCUGCGCCCGGAUGGCGACGCCGUCGGCUUCGGCAUCGCCGCAGACAGCGGCUGGCUCUUUGUGAAGAGCGCCCUGGACCGAGAAGUCAAGGACAUGUAUCUCCUAACAGUGCUGGCCACUGCGGGUCAGGGACAGCUGAAAAGGACCGGCAGCGCCACGGUGCGGAUAUCCGUGACGGACGAGAACGAUAACUCUCCACGGCUCACACAGGCACGGAUCUUCAUGGCGGUGAAAGAAAACUUGCCGGCGGGGACGGGCUUCGGUCACGUGUUGGCGACCGAUCGGGACAGCGGCCCCAAUGGACGCCUUGGAUACCGCCUACUGCACCCCGACCGCAACUUCCACAUAAACUCACACACAGGCGAGAUGAGCACCAGGGCCACUCUGGACCGAGAGCAGCAGUCCAGUUACCAGCUGGCGCUGGUCGUUCAAGAUGGAGGCUCGCCCGCUCGCAGCGCCACCGGCACCGUCUUCAUAAGUGUCCUGGAUGACAACGACAACGCUCCGAUAUUUACCCACAGUCAGCCUGGGAAAAAGAUGAUCUUCCAGGUGUCAGAGGGUCAGGCCUCUGGGGUUCUUCUGGGUACCAUACAAGCCAAAGACCCCGAUGAAGGAGAGAAUGGCACAGUUGUCUACUCUUUGUCAGGUCCGAGGAGCGAGCGCUUCUUUCUGAACCCCAACUCCGGCGAGCUCCACUCGUCGUCCCCCCUCAUCCACUCGGAGCGUUCCGAGUACGCGGUGACGGUGACGGCCACGGACAGAGGACUGCCGCCUCGGAGCGCCUCCUGCCCCCUCACCAUCCAGGUUCUGAGCCUGAACAAAUCGUCUUCAAAGGCCAACUCGCAUUCUGUCGCUUUCAACUCGGUGGAAGAGGCCCAGCCGGGUUCAGUCAUCGGUUCAGUCCGCCUCCACGGGGGAGAGAACCCGGCAGGGGGAGAGGUGACCUACGUGGUGGUGGGGGGGACGGACAGGGACGGCACUUUUGUCGUGGAUCGCCUAACCGGAGACGUCUACCUGGCCCGUCCUCUUGACUAUGAGCAAGACCAUCACUACACGCUCCAGAUCGAGGUGGACGACUUCUCUCAGGCACCGCCCGUCAGCACCCUCAUCAGUCUUGACAUUAACGUAAAGGACAGCAAUGACCACGCCCCUCAGUUCCCAGAGGACCCCGUUACUAUCGUCAUCUCUGAGAGCGUCCAGCCAGGCACGUCCGUCUACACCUUCCAGGCCACAGACAAGGACGGCAGUGGGCCCAAUAGUGACCUGAGGUACUCCGUCCUCCAACAGUGGCCCGACAUACCCGACCUACUCACCCUUGAUGCUACUACCGGGGUCCUAACUCUAAACCAAGAGCUGGACCACGAGGUCAACCCCAGCUUGAUACUGGUCGUAAAGGCAACGGACUCCGCCCUGGACGCCGGUGAGAGGCAGUGGAGUUCAGUCACAGCGAGGAUUUACGUGACGGACGAGAACGACAACGAGCCGGUGUUCAGCUCGCCGGCGGCGGUGAGCGUGAUGGAGGAUCAGCCCGUCGGCUUUGUGGCGCUCUACGUCAUGGCCAGGGACGCGGACCGAGGGGAGAACGGCAGGGUGACCUACAGGGUCCAGUCAGGGAACACAGGCGGAACCUUCAGCCUCAACCCAAACACUGGGUCUCUGUCCAUCUUCAAACCUCUGGACCGGGAGGAGCAGGACGUCUUCAACCUGACCAUCGUGGCCGAGGACCACGGCGCCCCCCGCCGCUCGUCCAGUCAGCUGCUGUGCGUCUUCGUGGUGGACGUCAACGACGAGACGCCGCGGUUCGAGGAGAGCCUCUACGAAGCCCAGGUCGCAGAGAACCAGCCUCCGGGAACGACUGUGCUGACGGUGUUGGCCUUAGACCUGGACCAAGGGACCAACGGCCAGGUGACGUAUGGCGGGGUCUCCGUGGAGCCUUUCACCGUGGACAGCGUGACAGGCGUCAUCACCGCCACCAGGCCGCUGGACAGGGAGCUGCAGGAGCACUACACACUGACAGUUUACGCCAAAGAUGGCGGCCUUCCCCCGAAUUACGCCAAAGCCUCGGUGAGGAUCCGCGUGCUGGACGAGAACGACAACGCCCCGGUCUUUGGUCGCCUCUACUACAGCAUCCAGGUGCCCGAGAACUUGGAGCCCUUGCUUCUGUUCACGCUGCGAGCCACAGACCAGGAUGCAGGGGCCGGCGGGAGGAUGGAGUUCAGGAUCGCAGCCGGAGACGCUGCGGGAGAUUUCCACCUGGACGCGCAGUCCGGUGCGCUGUCCACCUCCGGGCCCCUGGACCGGGAGAGAAGAGCGAGCUACACGCUCACGGUCAGCGCUCGGGACGGGGGCCGCCCGUCCCUUAGCAGCACCGCCACCGUGGAGGUGAGCGUCAUGGACAUGAACGACCACGGCCCGCAGUUCACCAGCAGCAGCUACACCGCAGACGUGUCCGAAGACGUACCGAUCGGUUCCUUAGUCCUGGACGUGAAAGCCACCGACCUGGACCAGGGCGCCAACGGCCAGGUUGUGUACUUCCUGGGCCGUGGCUCCAAGAGUAUGUUCAUGGUGGACCAGAACACGGGCCGCGUCAUCACGGCGGCGCCCCUGGAUCGAGAGAGAACCGCCUCCUACACCUUCGAAGUGUGCGCCGCCGACUCCUCGCCCUCGGACCCUCGCAACACCACCGCGCAGGUCACCGUCCACAUUCAGGACGUCAACGACAACGCUCCCUUCUUCAUUCAGGACCCGCUUGUUUUGAACAUCUCAGCGAGCGGCGUUGCCGCCCGGCGAGUGCUGGCCACCAUGAGGGCCGAGGACAAGGACUUUGGCGCCAACGGCUCCGUCUUCUACCGCUUCGCCCACCCUGUGAGGGGUUUCACCAUCAACUCGCUGACGGGAGACAUCCAGGCCACAGAGAAGCUGCAGACCAUGACCCAGGCCCAGAGGACCUUGAUCGUGCAGGCCAUGGACCAGGGCAACCCGGCCCAGUCCUCCUUGGGGGUGGUGGUGGUCUACAUUAAGGAGCAGGACUACAGGGGCAUUCGCUUCUCCCGCACGGCACGGGACGUCAGUCUGCAGGAGAACGCUGCCACAGGCACAGUGGUAACACAGACCCGAGCCCAGUACCCUGACGGAUCUCAAACCGGUGUCAGCUACAGUCUCUUCAGCGGAAACCGAAUGCAGUCUUUUGGAAUAAACACUGUGACGGGGGACAUAUGGGUGCAGAAGUCUGAAGGGCUGGACUACGAGGAGACCCCCAAACUCCGCCUCGUGGUGAAAGCUGAGACGGCGUCCUCCAGCUCCUUCAUGGCAGUGAACCUGGUUCUGCAGGAUGUCAAUGACAAUUUGCCUCGCUUCCAGCUCCAGAAUUAUGUCGCCUACAUCCGAGAGGCACAGGGUCACGAUUUUCCCAUUAUCCAGGUCGCAGCGGACGACCUGGACCAGGGUCAAAACGGUCAGGUGACUUACUCCAUUAGGUCAUCGUCCACGAGCGGUUUGUUCAAGAUCGACCCGCUGACUGGCAGCAUCAGCACGGCAGCCAUCAUGGACCGGGAGAUUUGGGCGCAGACAAAGCUGGUGGUCACCGCAACAGACCGAGGAAUCCCACGACUGGCAGGCUCCGCCACCCUGACUGUGAUCGUCAUCGAUCUCAACGACAACAGUCCCAUGAUUCCCCUGCCUCGGGAGAUCAGAGUGCCCGAGGACACUCUGAUUGGCACGGUUAUCAGUCAGGUGACAGGAAACGACGUGGAUUCCGGACCAGCCCUCUCCUACACGCUACACCUGGAUAGCGACAGCAAGGGCAUGUUUGGAAUCCACUGCUACGGAGGAGGCGUGUCCCUGGCCGGAGCGCUGGACUACGAGGAGAGGACCUGGUACACCCUCACCAUUCGCUCGUCAGACUCAAAGCACCAGAGCGAAGCCAAUCUGACCAUUUUGGUGGAGGACGUGAAUGACAACACUCCCGCCUUCACCCAAGACUUGUAUCAGGUGACGGUGUCGGAGCACCUCCCAGCCGGAAGUGCAGUCAUCACAGUGACAGCCAUGGACUCUGACUCUGGGGAGAACGGAAAGAUCAUCUACAGGGUCAUGUCAUCGACCAGGGGGGUCUUCUCCAUCGACCCAAGCAAUGGUACGCUUUUCGUCAACCAAAAAACAGAGUUUGAUUUUGAGAAUCCCUCCAUCCUUGUGGUUGUGGAGGCUCGAGACCAAGGCACUCCAUCACUCUCCUCCGUGGCCACCGUCCAAGUCCAAGUGUCCGAUAUCAACGACAACACCCCCAUCUUUCACCAGUCAGAGUACAGAGCUCAUGUGUCCGAAGACCAACUUCCCGGCUCCACGGUUCUCACCUUAGAGGCAGUGGACGGAGACCUGUCGCGGGACAACUGUGGUUUUGAUUUUGCCAUUGCCAGUGGCAACUUGGGUAAUGCCUUCCAGAUUGAGAGCAGUGUGCGCUUCUUGGAAGGGAAAGGGUUCCAGACAGUCGGAAGCCUUAUCCUGGUGGAGGAGCUGGAUUUUGAAGCUGUGUCGAGUUAUAACCUGACUAUUGUGGUAUCAGAUCGUGGCAUCCCCCAGCAUAGCUCCAGCGUGCCCGUGCUGAUCAGCGUUACUGACGUCAACGACAACCCUCCAGCUUUCAGCAGGGGAGAGUACAGUGUGGUAGUAAGCGAGAGUGCCGCUACAGGGACAGAAGUGCUGCACCUGUCCGCCACUGAUCCUGACUCAGCUCCCAACGGGAAAGUUCAGUACUCAAUAAGCUCAGGGGACAAGACCAGCCUUUUCCAGGUAGACCAGUGGACGGGGGCGCUGAAGCUAAAGCGACCUCUGGGCAGUGAGAGCCAGUUGUCCCACAUGAUUGUUGUCCAAGCUACGGACGGCUUGGGACACUACGCCUUUGCUCCAGUCAGCAUCGACGUGAAGGAUACCAAUGACCACCGGCCCUUCUUUCCCCUCAAUCAAGUAACGGCUAGCAUCAGGGAAAACCAACCCAAGAAUGCCUUAGUCACCAUGAUGCAUGCCAUCGACCACGACAGAGGGGUUUUUGGAAAGUUGAAGUACUACAUUGUAGAAGACUCUAAAGAUGGAACAGAGGCCUUCUUCAUGAACCAAACAUCUGGAGAAGUACGCACCCGCUCUACUUUUGAUUUUGAGAAGGUCAACUCCUUCAGUUUCACGGCUGUAGCCAUGGACGCCGGCAACUAUUCUGCUACGGUCACAGUGCAAGUUUACGUCACAGGGGAGGAUGAGUAUGAUCCUGUUUUUACCUCCCCUGAAGUCUCACUCAACGUGCCUGAGGGUGCAAAGAAAGGCGACGUCAUCGGCAAAGUGCAAGCCAGAGACGAGGACGGAGGCCUGGAUGGCGUGGUCCUGUACUCGCUGGCUGGCAGUUCGCCUUAUUUCGAGGUCAAUAAAUCCACUGGUGCGAUAUUUUUGAAAAUGGACAGCUACGGCAGACACGUGAGCCGCUCUAAAAGAGAAGUACGCCUCAUGGCGCUGGACGUGACCGCUCACAGCCCCCUCCGCACCUCACGCACGGCGGCAGUCAAAGUGACCGUGGACGUGACCCACACCUCGUUUGGCCUGACCACGGACAUGAACAUGCUGCUUGUGAGCGUCAUCGCGGUCUCACUCGGCACGGUCGUCAUACUGAGCAUAAUUGCCGUGGCGCUCUUUUUUGUCAAACUGCGGCGCCGGAGGAAGGAGCAUAAACGCCGUGGGCGGAGCAAGGCGUCGGGCACCCUGCUGCACAAGUUUGAGGAGACAAAAAUAGCGGCAAGUGAAAUUAUUUACCAUCAGGCCCUCCCCGGAUAUACGGCUGACCAGAGCAGCGGGAGCAGCAACGGGGGUCCGUACACCCGGGGGGGAUCCCUGGACCCCUCCCACUCGAGCGGUCGCGGCUCCGCGGAGGCCGAGGCGGCGGAGGACGACGAGAUCAGGAUGAUAAACGAAUACCCUCGCGUGUCUAGCAUCUCCUCCUCCAUGCAGGAGCGCAUCUCGGCCCGAGGUCCGGACUCCGGGAUCCAGCAGGAUGCGGAUCAACUGUCGGACGUGUCUUGCGAGCCUUCUGUUGAUUGGUUCAAAGGGAAGAAAAGGGGAAGCCUGAAUGGUUCUCUGCUCGCCGGCCAGGUUCCAGCCUACAGAGAUGAAGGCGGGGGCUACGUGGGCAUGGGAAGGGGGCUCAGCAUCUCCCAUCAUAAGGACUACUCGUUCCCCGAGGACGGGAAGCCUGCCGUGGAUGGCUCUUUGACGGCCAUCGUGGCCAGUGAUGAGGAGCUGAGGGGCAGCUACAACUGGGACUACCUGCUGAACUGGUGCCCCCAGUUCCAACCCUUAGCCAGCGUCUUCACUGAGAUAGCACGUCUCAAGGAUGAAACCGCCCCGCCACACCCUCGAAGGUCCUUCCACCACAAAAGCAAAGCGGAGUCAAGAAUCGAUCCCCCGCCACUUAUAACCUGCGUAGCCCACCCUGGGGCAAAAACUGUACCACCCAAGCCGGCCGUGGGGCGGAUGUACCCUCACCUGUCUUCUUUCCGGAGAUCUCCCCUCAGCAGCGACGGGUCCAUCUGCUCGGUGGCCAUGUCGCCGAGUUUCUCCCCGUCACUGUCGCCGCUGGCGGCGCGCUCUCCCGCCGUCACGCCCUUCAGCGUCUCGCAGGGCCCCUCGGCGUCCAUCAUCAGCGCCACAGAACACAACCUGGAGCACAUUGAUGAAGCGGAGCUGAGGAUUUAAACUAUAGAAACUGAAUCCCUAACCCCAGGACUUCGCGGCCACAACGUCGGGUCAGUUCCGUUCCUUUAGCGACCAAACUGAGGGGCUUGAUUAGGACAAACUGACCCGGGGACCAACAGCUGUUGGUCAGUGUGCACAUUCAAACAGGAUCCAUACAUGAUGUCAAUAUUUUGUAGAAAAAUACUGUUUAUAUUUUUAUACUUCUAGGGCAGAUCUGGCAUUCAAGUCUCAAAGAGUUGUUCAAAAACUCUUCCAAUAUUUGUGUACUUGUAGCUCGUACUGUAUCCUUGUUUGUACUGUAAGAGGGUUCUAAGCAGGGGUCCCGCGGGCCGAAUAGUGGACGCCGGCCGGACGUCCCAGGUUUUUUUUCUAAAUCUGUCCUGUCCAGCCGCUCUGGCAAAUCAUGUUGUUGAUGUAGAUAUCCAUGUUUGCCCUGCAGUUGUUACUUUACAAAAGACUAGUGUGGGGUACCUCUCUCGUUGCCUUAUUUCUAUUUGACUGUAUUAAAUGUUUGUCUGU